ACAACAAUAAGUUAAUCCAUUGAGAAAAGACUAAUUGAGAAGAUGACUAUUUUAAACGUUAUAGAAGGACUCUCAGUGCUACGAGUAAUUGUUCGACCAUUGUGACUAACGUCGGCGGCUAUUCUUCACACGGGCUUAGAGGAAUUAUACUUAUUUUUAUAAUAUUUUAAGAAAAAUAAUUUAAAAAGUUCAUUACCGAAUAUAAUUUAGUAGUUUUAAAAAGUUGAUUAGUGUCUCACGAAAUGGCAAACUGUGAAGGUUUAUUUUUAGUAUUAGUAGUGGUAAUAAGUUCCUGUGUAGGCGAUGAUAUGAUAGAAUUUAAUAGUCCUCCGACGACAGUUAAGGCCAAAGAAAAUAACACAGUUCUGCUACCGUGUUAUUUAAAUACUUUGUCCAAUGAUGCAGCUUAUGCGAAGUCCGUUCGAUGGUAUAAAAACGAAGAUCUCAUUGCGGAUAGUGCUAACGAGUCUAUGGCACUUCCAGAUAGACACAUACUAUGGGAAAACGGAUCACUAGAAAUUUUAUAUGUACAACCAGAAGAAACUGGUGAAUAUAUAUGUGAAAUAGAAAGACCCGAACCAUGGGGACCUGUUAGACAAAAGCAUGCUAUUGAAGUAAUGCAUCCUCCAUCGGUGGAGCCAUUUCCACCUAAUGGAUUUUUACAAGUAAAACUGGGAGAAGAAGUAAAAAUCUCUUGUAAGGGAGAAGGCAUUCCCUAUCCAAUUAUAACAUGGACUGUUAAGGGAGAAGAAAUGAAACUCAUAAAUCAUCGGGAAAUAUUAAAAUUCACGGCUUCAGAUAGACAAAUGGCAGGUGUUUACGAAUGCAUCGCCUCAAACGGAGUGGGAGAACCUGCAAAAGCUUCGAUCGAACUCAACAUUAUUUAUCCACCAGAAAUGAUGACUACAAGAUCUUGGAUACAUACAGCACCAGGUCAUAGAGUUCAAAUUGACUGUAAAGUAUCAGCUGAUCCUCAAGCUACAAUAACAUGGCUAAAAGGAGAAGUUCCUGUACAUUUGGAUACUCGAGUAGUGCCUAUGGUAGACGGCGAUAAAAAUACUUUAUUAAUAAGAAAUGUACAGCGAAGUGAUUUUGGAAUUUACACUUGCAGAGCUAUUAAUGAACUUGGACAAGGAGAAAUAACAAUACAACUCUCAGGAGUACCAAACCCUGGUGUUUUCAAGAGAACAGAAGAUAAAAACACAAAUUCAAAAACUUCCUACACAUUAAUUUGGGAAGUAGACAGUUACACGCCCAUAAUAGAAUACAAUUUAUGGUUCAGACCGUAUAAAGCCAGAACUACUCAUCCUCCAAAUUGGACCAAACUAACUAUACCAACUGAACAUAGUUCGGGACCAGUGUAUUCUAAAUCGUAUACCAUCAGAGGACUCAAAGAAAGGACAGUGUAUGAAGCUCUUUUGGUAUCCAGAAAUAGGUAUGGUUGGUCAAAACCAUCUCCGAUAUUGAGAUUUGCUACAGCAGGCGCUGAAUUAAAUGAAGAAAUGAUAACAACUGUUCAAGUGAAUCUACAAAAAAAUGUAUACGCUCUCCAAACCAGUACAUCAACAAAAAGCUGCUGCAUGGGAAUGUACAUAUUUUUUAUGUUUAAUGUAAUAAAAUUAUUUGUAUAAA